CACAUUAUUAUUCCAUCUCACCUUGGUUCAGCCUUGAAAAAACAAGAGAACAACACCAACCAUGGUUGAUCAACCAAGAACUGGAGCCUCUUACUAUGGUUCGCCCUAUGGAACAUCCUACCAGACCAACAACAACAACAACCCACCUUCACGCCAAACCGUUAAGUUCAUAACAGCCGCCACUAUUGGCAUCUCACUCUUGCUUUUGUCAGGGUUGGUCCUCACAGGAACUGUCAUAGGGUUGGUCAUAGCAACCCCUCUUCUUGUUAUCUUCAGCCCCAUCCUUGUCCCUGCUGCUUUUGUGCUGUUUCUAGUUGCUGCUGGCUUCUUAUUCUCUGGUGGCUGUGGUGUGGCUGCCAUUGCUGCUUUGUCUUGGAUUUACAACUAUGUGGCUGGGAACCAUCCUGCUGGUUCUGACACCUUUGACUAUGCAAAAGGGUACCUUGCUGAUAAGGCAAGAGAUGUGAAGGAGAGGGCAAAGGAUUAUGGGAGUUAUGCUCAGGGUAAACUUCAAGAGGCCACACAAGGAUCUCAUUGAUCAUGUAUGCGUGUAUGUGUGUGUAUGAGGUUGAACUGAAGUUGGUGGUGGUGCCCUUGUCGACUUGCAUCUUCAAGUCCUGCUGUUAAUUUCCAGUAUUAUGUGUUUUUUGUUCUGGUUUUAGUAUCCUGUUUGUUUUCAUAGCUAGAUCAAUUAUUUCUUUUCUAUCAGAAUGUGUGUUGCAUUGUUUCCUCGUUUAAUGUAGUAAUUUCUUUUCCCUUUUU